CGCGCGCUGGCCGGGCAGCAUGGCGGCGGCGGCGGGCGCCCCUCAGCCGGGUCCGCCGCAGCCGCCUCCGCCGCCGCCGCCCGAGGAGUCGUCGGACAGCGAGCCCGAGGCGGAGCCCGGCUCCCCCCAGAAGCUCAUCCGCAAGGUGUCCACGUCGGGCCAGAUCCGCCAGAAGACCAUCAUCAAAGAGGGGAUGCUGACCAAACAGAACAAUUCAUUCCAACGAUCAAAACGAAGAUACUUCAAGCUUCGAGGGCGGACGCUGUACUAUGCAAAAACUGCCAAGUCGAUCAUAUUUGAUGAGGUGGACCUGACUGAUGCCAGUGUGGCUGAGUCCAGCACCAAGAACGUCAACAACAGCUUUACGGUCAUCACUCCAUGUAGGAAGCUCAUCCUGUGUGCCGAUAACAGGAAGGAGAUGGAAGACUGGAUUGCAGCCCUGAAGACCGUGCAGAGCAGGGAGCACUUUGAGCCCACCCAGUACAGCAUGGACCACUUCUCAGGGACCCACAACUGGUAUGCCUGCUCUCACGCAAGGCCCACCUACUGCAACGUGUGCCGCGAGGCCCUGUCCGGGGUCACGUCCCACGGACUGUCCUGUGAAGUGUGCAAGUUCAAGGCCCACAAGCGCUGCGCUGUGCGUGCGACCAGUGACUGCAAGUGGACCACGCUGGCCUCCAUCGGGAAGGACAUCAUUGAGGACGAGGACGGGAUCGCCAUGCCUCACCAGUGGCUGGAGGGGAACCUGCCCGUGAGCGCCAAGUGCACGGUGUGUGACAAGACGUGCGGCAGCGUGCUGCGCCUUCAGGACUGGCGCUGCCUCUGGUGCAAGGCCAUGGUGCACACCGCGUGUAAAGACUCCCUGCUGAGCAAGUGCCCGCUGGGCCUGUGCAAAGUGUCGGUCAUCCCGCCCACCGCGCUCAACAGCAUCGACUCCGAUGGCUUCUGGAAGGCCACGUGUCCUCCAUCCUGCACAAGUCCGUUGUUGGUCUUCGUCAAUUCAAAGAGUGGGGACAACCAGGGGGUGAAGUUCCUGCGUAGAUUCAAGCAGCUGCUGAACCCUGCCCAGGUCUUUGACCUCAUGAACGGAGGACCACACCUUGGCUUGCGUUUGUUCCAGAAGUUUGACACGUUCCGGAUUCUGGUCUGUGGUGGAGAUGGCAGUGUGGGUUGGGUCCUCUCUGAAAUCGACAGCCUCAACCUUCACAAACAGUGCCAGCUUGGGGUGCUGCCGCUCGGCACAGGGAAUGACCUGGCUCGCGUGCUGGGCUGGGGCUCGGCCUGCGAUGACGACACCCAGCUCCCGCAGAUCCUGGAGAAGCUAGAGAGAGCCAGCACCAAGAUGCUGGACAGGUGGAGCGUCAUGGCCUACGAGACCAAACUGCCCCGGCCGGUCUCCUCCUCCACCGUCACUGAAGACCUGAGCGAGGGCUCCGAGGUGCGGCAGAUCCUCUUCUACGAAGACUCGGUCGCAGCUCACCUCUCCAAGAUCCUAACCUCCGACCAGCACUCCGUGGUGAUCUCGUCAGCCAAAGUGCUCUGUGAGACUGUGAAGGACUUCGUGGCACGGGUCGGGAAGGCCUACGAGAAGACCACCGAGAGCUCGGAGGAGUCGGAGGUCAUGGCCAAGAAGUGCUCCGUCCUCAAGGAGAAGCUGGACUCCCUGCUCAAGACCCUGGACGACGAGUCGCAGGCCUCGUCCUCCCUGCCCACGCCGCCCCCCACCAUCGCCGAGGAGGCAGAGGACGGGGACGGGGCGGGCGGCGGCUGCGGCUCCAGCUCCACGGGGGCCCGCGCCCUGGGCUCGGCCUGCCCCGCCCGGCCCCAGAUAUUCCGGCCCCGUGAGCAGCUCAUGCUGAGGGCCAACAGCCUGAAGAAGGCCAUCCGCCAGAUUAUAGAGCACACAGAGAAAGCUGUGGACGAGCAGAACGCCCAGACCCAGGAGCAGGAGGGCUUCAUCCUUGGCCUCUCCGAUUCGGAUAAGAAGGACCUGAAGUCGGACGACAGAGCAGGCCACGGCGAGGGCCACAGCACCUCUAAGGUCCGGAGCCUCCGCAGAGUGUCCAAGUCCCCCUGCGAGAAGCUGAUAAGCAAAGGGAGCUUGUCGCCAGGUGGUUCUGCGUCUCUGCCUCUGCAGUCAGGAAGCCGGGAUGGCCUGCCAGCGCUGAACACGAAGAUCUUAUUCCCGAAUGUUCGUGCUGGGAUGUCUGGUACGCUGCCUGGAGGCUCAGUCAUCAGCCGAUUACUAAUUAACGCCGAUCCCUUUAACUCUGAACCAGAAAACCUAGAGUAUUACACGGAGAAGUGUGUCAUGAACAAUUACUUCGGCAUCGGCCUGGACGCGAAGAUCUCCCUGGACUUCAAUAACAAGCGUGACGAGCACCCAGAGAAGUGCAGGAGUCGAACCAAGAACAUGAUGUGGUACGGAGUCCUGGGCACCAGAGAGCUGCUGCACAGAACCUACAAGAACUUGGAGCAGAAAGUCCUCCUGGAGUGUGACGGGCGCCCCAUCCCCCUCCCCAGUCUGCAGGGAAUUGCAGUCCUCAACAUCCCCAGCUACGCCGGAGGGACCAACUUCUGGGGGGGCACCAAGGAGGAUGAUACCUUCGCAGCCCCAUCAUUUGACGACAAGAUCUUGGAGGUGGUCGCGGUGUUUGGCAGCAUGCAGAUGGCCGUCUCCCGGGUCAUAAAGCUGCAACAUCACCGGAUCGCCCAGUGUCGCACGGUGAAGAUCUCCAUCCUGGGCGACGAGGGCGUGCCUGUGCAGGUGGACGGCGAGGCCUGGGUGCAGCCCCCGGGGUACAUCCGCAUCGUCCACAAGAACCGUGCGCAGACCCUCACCAGGGACCGGGCCUUCGAGAACACCCUCAAGUCUUGGGAGGACAAGCAGAAGUGCGAGCUGCCCCGGGCCCCGCCUUUCUCCCUGCACCCAGGGAUCCUGUCCGAGGAGGAGGCCACCCAGAUGGACCAGUUUGGGCAGGCGGCGGGCGCCCUCAUCCACAGCAUCCGGGAGCUAGCACAGUCCCACCAGGACGUGGAGCAGGAGCUCGCCCACGCCGUCAACGCCAGCUCCAAGUCCAUGGACCGAGUGUACGGCAAGCCCAGAGCCGCAGAGGGGCUGAGCUGCAGCCUCGUCCUGGAGAUGGUGAAUAACGUCCGAGCCCUGCGCAGUGAGACAGAGCUGCUGCUUGCGGGCAGGCUGGCCCUGCAGUUGGAUCCCCCUCAGAAGGAGCGGCUCACAGUUGCCCUCACCGAGAUGGACCAACAGCUCAGGAAGCUGGCAGACACGCCCUGGCUGUGCCAGCCCAUGGAGCCUGGUGACGAAGAGAACGUGAUGCUGGAUCUUUCCAAGCGCAGCCGCAGUGGUAAAUUCCGCCUGGUGACCAAGUUCAAGAAGGAGAAGAACAACAAGAACAGAGCAGCGCGCUGCAGCCUGGGUGCCCCGGUGCACCUCUGGGGCACAGAGGAGGUGGCUGCCUGGUUGGAGCACCUCAGUCUCUGUGAGUAUAAGGACAUCUUCACGCGGCACGACAUCCGGGGCUCUGAGCUCCUACACCUGGAGCGGAGGGACCUCAAGGACCUCGGCGUGACCAAGGUGGGCCACAUGAAGCGGAUCCUGUGCGGCAUCAAGGAGCUGAGCCGCGGCGCUCCCGCUGCCGCCGCCGCCGAGGCCUAGCCUCCGCCUUCUCGGCCUGCGUCCCCCGCGCUCCCCGCGACUGAGCCGGCUCGGCGGCCCCUCAUGGUGCUACUCCCGCCGCUCGGCCCGGCGCCCCGGGGCCGGACCCACAACACAGCUACCUGCCGCCCGCGCCGCCCCUCCCGGGCCUGCUCCCCGCCCGCGCGGAUCCCGCCGGGCGCCCCGCGUCUCUGAGCCCCCGGCCUUCCGGGCCCGGGCAGUCACCACCUGGGCUGGGGAGCCACGGUUCCGGGGCCGCGGGGUCCCCGCCGUCCCCAGGACGCCUGGCCUGUCGUCCCCCGCGCACCGAGGCGGGCCCGUGUUUCUGUGUGGAGGGGCUUCCUGGGCUACGGGGUGGGGGUGGCGGGGCUCUGCCUUGAGUGACCAGGGGUGGCGGCGCUGCCGAGCUGGGAGCGCUUCCCGGGCGGCAUCCGGCCCUCACCGCCUCGGCUGCUUUCUCGCUUUGCUCGCCCGCGGGGCACCGGCCCGCCCAGCACGCGCCCUGCCGGCGGCUCCUACCCGCGCGCAGGCUCCCCCUGGCGGCCGGCCCCGGGCGCUGAGCUCGGCCCGCGCUCUGGCCCUGGGAGGUGAGCUGGCGCUGUCUCCUUCCCGCCCCAGGGGUCCCGCGCCGCGGAACCGCUGUGCUGGGAGCGGGGAGGCGGCGAGAACCCGGGCUCCAGAAGGCACCGGGUUUCCGAGGGGGAGCCCGGGGUGGGCGCCUGGGGGUCUGAGGUUCUCAGGACUCAACCGCACGGGCGGGGACCCACCCCAGCCCUCCGCGCCCUCUCAUGGGAAAGCCAUCAGUUUAGGUGAAGCGUGGUGUUUAAAAAGUAAUGUCCGUGAUUAGAGCAACACUGUUUACCUAAAACCGUUUUCUGAGUGUAGUGAGUGAGAGUGAGCGGAGUAAACAUGAGCGUUGCAUGAAGCCUGUCUGCGGGGCAGCGUCCCUGCUGCCGCUGCCUCGUGUCUCUCGCUGCACGUGGGGCUGGCUGCCCUUCUGUCCUGUCCCCACCCCUCCUAUGCGGCUGUCCCUGGGGGUCCCUGGGGUCUCCUGGUCCUGUCAGUGUAGAGGGAGGUAGGAAGGAUCCCUGGCGACUUGGAGAAAAGGUUUUGUGCCCUCCGGUGGGGCUUCCCCUCGUAUUUAUGAUCCUAACUUAUACAGUGCCCACCGUGGAAGCAAAUGCCUCCUGUAUUGCUAUGUACAUAUCCACAUCUGGGGUUGUAAAUACAGUUGUUCUGUGUAUAAAUAAAACAGGCCUGUUUUUGAUCUUCCA